AUGAUCGGCCGGAUUCUCUUCUCCUAUGCAAAGGGCAGCCAACUUGAUUACGAUUGCAAGAAAUGGCGUCUCGUUGCCGACAUCCUCAACGAUGCUGCCUUUUUCAUCGAUUUGUUGUGCCCGUUGUGGCCAAAAUGGUUUCUCGUCUCUGCUUGUAUUUCCUCGUUAUUCCGAUGUAUUGUCGGCGUGGCUGGUGGAGCGACGAGAACCACAAUUGUUCAGCAUCAAGCUCGUCGAAACAAUCUCGCUGACGUUGCGGCAAAAGAUGGAAGUCAAGAGACUUUAGUGAACGCUGCAGCACUACUCGUCUCUCUUGCUCUACUCCCAGCUGUUUCCGGGAAACACACGAUAAUUUGGAUUCUCUUUGGGUUACUCACUUUCUUGCAUCUUUUUGCCAACUAUCGAGCCGUACGUAGUCUAAAAUUAGAUGUGCUAAACGGGAAAAGAGCUGCGAUAAUAAUAAGAGAAUAUAUAAAAAAUGAUAUUAUAUUGUCGAUUGACGUUGUAAACAAAGAAGAACCACUUUUCUAUAAUUUGUAUCCGACCCGCCAUUUGGGAUGCUCAUUGAAAACGUUACUUGAGCAUCGACGAUCUAAAAAUAUGAUCUAUCAUGAAUCACCAAAAUUCACAAUCCUUUACGAUCCUCAUUACGGCACUAGCUGGAUUGCUAUGACGGAAAAUGCUGAAUCAAUUGAUCAACUCAAUGCUUGCUAUGAUCUUGAACAAAUCAUUAUCAAUCAAAAAAUCAAACUAAACUUCAACAAGUUUGUUAAUGAUCUAAAAGAAAAUGGAUGGCAGAUUGAUCAUCAUCUAAACUUUGAUGAAUGGUCUUACAGUCUUCUCGAA